UCCGUGCAUCCAGAGCACUGGAGGUGCAUCACCUCUCCCAUCUGCUGGCUGCUCCUGCCGCGCAUGCGCAGUGCGGCUCUCCAUCAUUUCCAAUAUCCCAGUGUAGGAGAACCAGCAGAGGCAGAGAGAACUAAUGGGAACCAUGGGAAUACCAUUACCCAACUGCGUUUGGGAGCCAAUAUGCUGAACACACUCUACUCCGACUGAGGGACUGUAUCCUGGGCGGCAAAAGACAAAUGGUAAAGAAUUGAUAAUAAAAGAUUUUCCCCGUUAAAAAAGCACAGCUCACGCCGACUCCCGACUGAACCGGCAUCUUCCUGAGUCGGAUGGCUCUGAAUGACAAGAUGCAGUAAUGGAAGUCCACAUACCGUUCAGCACUGUAGCCAUGAGAACCAAAGGGUAGGGUCUGCUGUGAGCUCGCCUCACCCUACCCGACCACCCACCCACCCACCCACCACCUCAUCAGCUCCACCUGAGAGCAGAGUCCUACAUUCAAGCAUAAAUCCUGCAGCUCCACCCGUCUCCGCAAACCCUCCCACCACCUCCACCACCACCACGGCUUUGGAAGACGAACAUGACGUGCAUUGCGAAGACACUGGUUGAUGUCUGAUAUAUGUACCUCUGAGGUGUCGAGCGCAAAACCAGUGGAGCAAUGAAUGGAGGAAAGGACUGUGAGGCGGGAGAUGAGAGGCAGGCCGUCCCUGUCCAGGUCCCCAUUGGCUGGCGGCGCAAGGCGGAGCACGGCGGCGGGGUCAUAUACAUAAGUCCCAGUGGCUCGUUGCUGUCCAGCUUGGAGCAGGUGAAGACCUACCUGCUGACAGAUGGAACCUGCAAAUGCGGCCUGGAGUGCCCACUCAUCCUCCACAAGGUGUUCAACUUCGACCCAGGGGCGGCCGUCAAGCAGAGGACAGCGGAGGAUGUGAAGGCAGAUGAAGACGUCACCAAACUCUGCAUUCACAAGAGGAAGCUUCUUGCUGUGGCUACGCUGCACAAGAGCAUGGAGACGCACCCACCUCUGACACUCACCAGUCCAGGGGGAGGUACAUCAUCUGUGGUCACUGCGCAUUCCACAAAUCAACGAGCAAUAAGGACUAAACCCCACGAUGGCCUGCCCAAUGCUGUUGGCCCAGACUGCAAGAAUCCUUUCAAGAUGAUGAUGGCAGCUGGACAACAGCAGCAACAGAGGCUGUAUCCACCCCAAGAGAUGGGUGGAGCCCAGCAGCCAGAGCUCUACCCUGGCUACCCCAGGCCGCAGAGACUGGGCAGUGGGGAGCCGAGCCCCAAAUCCCCUUACCGGGUUGGGUAUGGGGGCAUGCUGAGCCCACCUCCCUCCAGUGUUAAGCUGUAUGGAGAUGGCUCACAGUCUCCCAGUGCAGACACCCUAGGCAGCCCUGAGGGCUUUCCAAGGACCAAUCCUUGUGGGUUUCCAGGAGCCGGCAGUCCUGGCUCCGCCUCCAUCCAUGGGAACACUAGGACUCCUCUUUCCCCACCCAGUGUAUUGCUCCAUGGCUCCCCUGUGGGCCAGCCAUCCUGCGCCAUGACAGGGAGGACUAGCACGCCCCUCUCUCCGACGGCCACUGCCAAAAGCCCUGUCAUGAACAUGAACAUGCCACGGGGGAACUUCCCCCCUGGUAUGGAUUUGCCCCGUGCAGCAUUUCACCAUAAAACACAGCCCCCUGUGCAUCCCGUACCACCUCCUCCAUCCAUACCACCAUCCUGUGCCCUUCAAAAAAGGCAGUUGACCUGUGAAAAAGACCCCUUAGGCAUCCUGGACCCCAUCCCCAGCAAGCUAGUCAGCCAGGCCCCCACCAACACCCCAAACCCCUCCAAUUUCCAGCCUAACAUCCACUCUCAGGUACCAAUGAUGAAUGUAAACAUACCCCCUCCCGCCAUCGUUCCCUUGCCAAGCAACUUACCUUUACCCACAGUGAAGCCUGGGCCUGUGGGUCACGGUGGCCAUGUUCAAAGGACUCAACAGGGUGGUCCGGCUUCCUCCAUGUCCCCCUCUCCUGUCACGUCCCCUGUCCACAUGGCUGGGCCUGCCCUUGGGAGAAUGGAGGCCUCCCCACAUCGCUCACGCUCAUCCUCCACCUCCUCUGACCAUGGGAACUUUGCAAUGCCCUCGGGGCACCAGGCCCCAUGUGGCACCAUGAAGGUCCCUCCUCGGUCCCCCAGGUCUGCUAUGGGGUCUCCCAGGCCAGCCAUGCCCUCCAGCCCCUCCACCAACAAAACUGACGCACUCCACCAGUACAAAGACUCCCAGCUGCUGCCUGGGAUGGGAAACUCAAUUGUCGCCCAGCAGCACAGCAACCCCAUGUACUCACCCACCUCUUCCUCCUCAUCAUCCUCUUCUCUGACGACCCCCAGCACGUCCCAGAAAGGCCACCCAGGACUUCUGGGGAUGCCCCUCAAUCAGAUCCUCAACCAACAAAAUGCUGCUUCCUUCCCCGCCAGCAGUCUCUUGUCAGCCGCAGCCAAAGCACAGCUAGCAAAUCAAAACAAACUCAGCGCUGCUGGCAACAGCACUGCUGGCAUGGCUGGUGGUGGUGUUGGUAUGGCAGGCAUGGGGGCAGGUGGAGGAGGUAAUGGAGGAGGUGGCGGGCACCCUGGCUCUAUGAGCGGCCCUCGAGGCAUGGAAGGACACAGCACUUUAAACUCAAUGCUCCCGCCAAACUCCACCAUGCUGCUCAACACUCCUGAGGGCCAGAGUGGUCGGGCGGCUCUUAGAGACAAGCUCAUGGCCCAGAGGGACCCCAUGCGCAAACGGAGGCAGUCGUCAGGCAGUGCUGCUGUCAACCACGACAACAGUAACAACAUGGUCUACAACAUGCUUAACAAACGAGGCAUGGGAGGACCCCACAUGCCAGGACCCAGUGUCACUGAGCAGCUGCGAAAAGUGGGUCGUCUUGGAAACCUUCCCCCAAACACCUCCAUGGCUCAGCUCCUCCAGUCCAUGAGCUGCCAGAGCUCCCACAACCUGGCUGGCAACAGCCAUCAUCCAGGUCUUAGCCCCGGCCCAGGGUCUGGUCCUCAAGGAGCUGCACAGCUGCACUACAACGACAGCACAGGUAUGGUCCCUGGUGGCCCUCAGCAGAACCUGCUAGCUCAGCAGAGGCUGCGGGGUCCAGGAGAUGCCAUGCAGCACUGCCAGAACAUGGACACCUCUGGGGGCCAUCUGGGCUCUCGUCCAGGCCAGUUCACUGACAUGAUGGCCCAAAUGCAGGCCUCCUCCAUGAGUAACUGUGGGCCUAUGGGGCCAGGUGGUGGACCGGUGGGUCCUGAUGGCAUGCCGCUGGGACGCCCCAACACUAACCCCCCACCGCUGUCUCAUCCUGGCCCUCACCCCUCACAGCAGAACCUCCUUCACAGUAUGGGGCGGACUAACAUGGUGGUGAUGGCACAUGGAGGUGGUGAUGGAAGCUGUACACAGACCAUCUCUGAUACAGGAAAUCCCUCAUCUAUUGGCUGUGGUAUGGGCGGCCUGCAGCCACACGUCAACGCCGGCGGAGGUCAGAUGUACCAGCAGCAGGUCCACCAGGGCAUGCAGCAGGGGGUGGUGUCCCACUCAGCCUACCAGGGACAGCAGCACUUCUCUGACAACCCACCAUACACAGACAGCAACAACGCCAACGCUGGCUCCAUGGCCUGCCUCUACCAGAACUACCAGCAGGGGAUGUUGUCGCACCCACAGCCCCAGGGCGAGGGGCUUCCAGCGGGCCCUGACAGAGGCCCUGGCGGAGGCCCAGAGUCGGUGGACGCCAUCUACAGAGCCGUGGUGGACGCCGCCAGUAAGGGCAUGCAUGUUACCAUAACAACCACAGUGAGCGGGACCACGCAGGCGAGUCCGGUGCCUGCCCUCAGCGCCAUGAGUGCCUUCACUGCCUCUAUAGGGGAGCCGGUCAGCCUCCCGAAAGCAGUUAGCACAGUCCUGCACGGGCACCAGGAAGGGGAGCCGUUACCCCAGCAAUCCAGACCGAGGCAGGUGAGGCUGGGACGUGGUCAGAAGAACAUGGAUCCAGGGAAGAGAACUCCAGACAGCCACGAGGCCAACGACUACUUCCGUUCGCCUGGCUGUGGGACUCCAAGAGGGCAGUGGGACGGGGAGGCGCAGCACGGAGGCGGCUUCGACACUCACAGCAACAACAGCGCCUGGGGAGGUGAGGAGUUUCUGGAGUGCUCGACCCAAGUGAGGAGUAGUCCCUGCAUGGAGCGACCCGUCAGCCUGGCCCCCGCCGCACCCUGCCCCGCCGAGGGAUCCAACGACCACGGUCUGGCCAUGGCUCACGAUAAGGGGUUUCUCGAUGAUGGCUAUCGCUUCAACAACUGCAGCCGGACACCAGCUAACUACAAGGAGCGUCUGGAGCAAACGGUGGAGCGCUGCGCCCACAUCAACGGCGCCACGCCUCACUUUAACACCCGGGGUUACGGAGAAGUCCUGGGCCCCCCACGGCAGGAGCUCACGGGGGACGACCAGUCUCCAAGCUCCUCCACUAGCCUAGAGGGACCUCUGGCCACAGCCAAAGACUACAGCCACUACAACGGCCACUUCAACGGUAUGGCGCCCAGCCCUUCGGACACAAAGAGCCUGAGCAGCGAGGAGGACCUGCGGCAGCCGGACUCGCCCUCCUCAGAGCUGCUCCACUACCGGUCCAGGACUUUCAACAUGGGAGAGCUGGUCUGGGGCCAGCUAAAGGGCUUCCCGCCUUGGCCUGCCAAGCUGGCCGGGGACGAACAAGUGCACAGCGCUGCUAUGCAGCUGCGGGAGCAGGCCAAGGUAGAACCAGAGAAGCUAAAAACACUAACUCACGACUUAGAGGCACUUGACCGAGCCGCCAAAAGAGGCCUGAAACCGGGGAAACUGAAUAAUCACUUGGAAGCUGCUAUCCACGAGGCCAUGAGCGAGCUGGAUAAGAUGUCGGGCACAAUCCCAUCGAGGGAUCGUCAGGUGAAGCUCCCCAAGCCCAAGAGGAGGAAGAUAUCCAGAUAACAUUGAAUGUGUCGGCCCAAGAACGUCCUCAAAGCCUUCGGAGACUUCGUCCGUUCAGCCUUGAUGCGAUCUGAGCUCUCUAACAGGUGCUACACAUGGACUUUCAGUGGUACAUCGUUGUUCCAUGAUCUCAACUUGACUUAAUGACUGACCACAGAAGGUGCUGGAGAUUCCCGAUACAGUUUUAACUGUAGAAAAAAAUAAUGAAAGGAAAAAAUGGAGAAAAACGUCAAAAACAGUUGCAAUUUGUCUACAGCUCACUGAAUUAACUAUUUUUUUCUAGUAUAAGAUAGUAAAACAAAAAAAAAAAAGCUACAAGCAUUACCUUACAUAUUUAAGAAAAAUAGACAGUCCAAAUAUUUCUGAUACAUUUUCAAUAUGUAUAUAGAUAAUCCUGAAAUUUCAUGCUAUUAAGAAUUGUAUGUAAAUAUUGUACAAUGUCAUGUACAAGCAUACCUAAUGCACAUUUUAUCUUUUAUUGUACAAAAACAAAGCAGAAGUGUACCAAUGUCUUGGUUUCUAUUCAGAAAUGCGGUUGCAUACGGCCGCAUGCAUAGAUUAAAUAAGAAUACAGCCUAAAGCUUUUAUAUGAGGAACUGUAAGACGUGCUGUUUUUCUGUUUGUUUUGUUUUGUUUUUUUUUUUUUUGUAAGGGAACAGCAGUGGAACAUGCAUGAGUAUAUGAGUUCUCCAUUAUGAAAGUCAAUUUCAAACCAGUUAAGUGUUCAUUUGUAUGGGGGAGGUGGGGGGGUGGGCGGGGGGAGAGAGAGAGAGAUGGAAAAAACCAGAAUGAACUUUACCAGCAGAAAGUGUUCAACGGAAGUAACGAGCGGCUGGGGCCAGUGUUGGUUAAUCUUCAUCUGCUCUGCCAGUCGCAGUGACAGGAAAAUCUAAAAAUCAUGACAUUUGGAGAAUCAGUUUUCUGGUUGGCAGGUGAUUUUGUUUUUGGGGGGGGGGGGUUACCAAUCGUCGUAAAAAGAAGUUGCUUACCUGCCGUGUUUUUGAAAGAAAAAUCCACCUUCAGGCACUUUCACACUGUUAAGUCACUUUUGUGUCGUAAUAAUUUACAGUUUUAGGUAAAUAUUUCCCAGAACGACUUUCCACAACAGCCGCAACCGUUAGUGAAACGACGGGAGAAUAAAGAGGAAUAUUUUCAUAACCAGCUCAUCCUUGAAAACCUUGAAAUCCCUUGGUUAAAGUUUGCAUAAUAUGAGGAUUCUGGUCUUAUUUCCUGCUCCUUUGGGUGUAGAAUAUGAUGGAUUUCUCCCUUUGUUACUGUUAAAUGUCAGUAUUAAAUGAUGAUUUUAAAAAUACCGCCCCUCUCUUAGAAAGACUACACUUAACACUGAGCACCCACAAUGCAACAUAAACCAGUACAAAGAGUGUUUGGGUGGAUUUCUCCUUCAACUACAACCAAGAAUCACAGGCUGCAUUGAUGAAUUAUGUCAUUUGGUUGUUGUGAUUAUGUUCUCGUGCUCGUUUGUACAGUGAUUUUCUUUAUUUUUUUGGACUGUAGUCGGUUUUUUGCCACAACUAUAGCUUUAGGUAGAGUAACCAACCUCAGAGGCGCAGUCUAGAUCAUCAUGAGGAAACACUAACUCGGUUUUCAAGAGCGGUGAAAGCAUUUCUCAUUUAGGGGCCUUGUUUGUUUGUUUUUUGUUUGUUUGUUUUUGCCUUUUUGAUGUAAAUUAUUUAUGUACAGUACUCCAUAUUUAUUUUAAGCUUUACAAAUAUGCUAGAUGGCAAUAAUACUACCAAGAGUUGAGAACUCAAGCCUUAUAUGUGUAUAUGUAUGUUUUUUAACAGUGAAUAGAUCAUGUAUUCAUUAAGGUCGUGUUCCCUUUUAUUUAAAAAGUGAGCAUUACAGAUAACACUUUUUUUUUUUUUUUUUACAGCGAGGCUUUCUGAUCUACUUAUUUUUGUUACACAAUGUGUCAUGGAUGUCAUAACGUCUGCCUACAGGACCACACUAUUUAUGAAUAUGCACAUCUUGAGAAAGCGUUUAUGUUCGGUAAUAAAUGCAGUUUUAACACUACUAACUACGAAGUUUCAAAACCGUCUUAAAAUCGACAGUGAUGCUCACAGUAUUGGAAACUCUGGGGUGAAACGCACACGCAGCUUCACCUCCGAAUCAAAACCAACAACAAGCUGAAUUAACUACACAAUUAUCAAGUGCAAUAUACCAAUUGAUGGCAAAGAUCAACAGCUUAGCAGCGCUGCAUCUCUUGAUUGUUUGAGACCUUUUUUUCUUUGUGUACACACCUUCAACAGCUCGUGCUGUCGUUUGUUGCCUGUUUUUCAACCUCAAAACAACAAAAAAAAAGUUCUUUGGGAACAAUAUUCAUCUUUUUUUCAGAUGUCCUAACCUAAGAGCCAUGAAGUAGUAAUUUAUUUGUAGCUUUACCUUUUUGUUUUUUUUUACAAAUUUCAUUUUAAUUUGUAAUUCACCCUUAUCAGAACAUCUGAUGCACACACUAAACCUCCAUGAAUAAAGUUCUACUAAAAUACCGCUAAAUUACUUGAACUUUUCUGCAUUUAUAGCAAGAAAGACCCAAUAAAACACUACUUUAUAAAGAGAUUAUCUUCUUUCUCACUCUGUAAAACAUGAAAACACUACCAUAUAUAUGUACCUGAUAUCCUAAAGGAGGAGCCUCAAACUAACAAUUACAGCCAAGUAAACAAUUUCAUCUUAUUUUUGUUAAUGUGUGCACACUUCUGAAGAGAUCUCACUAAUUUCAAAACAUUUCUUACCUUUUUUUGUUGCUGUGUGCUUACUGAAAAACUCAAGGACAUUUUGAAAUUAAAAAAAAAAAGUCCCUAAACAUGUAGCAACGUCAAACAAUAUCAGUAUUUAAAGGUAAAUAUGAGACUUUAUGGGAGCGUCCUUUCACAUCCAACCUGUUCAAGGACCAGAUUUCCAAAAGAUUUCGAGUCAAGUUACGGCAACGUCUGUUUAAAUGUCUAUAAUAUCUCCUGCCCUUUUUCAGUGCACACACUUUUUAAGAACCUCAGAGUUGUCGGUGUAAUCUGUGGCAAGGAAAAUCCUCCGUUUUUCCGAAAUGUGACGUUCGGUGUCGAGAACACGUGAGCUCUUUUUUUUGGUAAAGUUCAUUCUGCCUCUUCCUCCCACAAACCCCCGACCCCCCCAAAACACCCCCCCUCGUUUUUUUUGUGCAAUGACAUGCAGGAACCCGGUCUCAGGUUGGGAACCCAUGUGUUAUGAAUCUGUUCUAUCAGUUUCAUGUUAUUUGUGGUCAAGAGUUCAAAGCAUUUUUGUGUUUGAGAUGGUCUGUGCAGUCUAUUUUCUCCUCCUCCCGUGUGUGUGUGUGUGUGUGUGUGUGUGUGUGUGUGUUUGAGGUGUGAGUGUGAUCUUUUUUUUUUUUUUUUUUUACCCCCGGUGAACUUGUUUGUUUCUGCUUUUUGAAUCUAAUUUCCCUCUUCCUCUUCCACCCUUUAGUUGUCAGUAUUUUAUUUUUUCAACUUGUAAUUAAGUAUAUAUUUUCUCACUAAUAUAUACUUUACAAAAAAUAGACUUGCGUGAAGUAUGAUGUGCACUUGAUUUCUCUUGUUUAUUUCUUUUCUUUUUGCAUUAAUGUGGGCUAGGGAUAGUUUGUCAGAGUCCAUUAUUUUGAGAUUGUUUGGACUUUUUUUAAUGGUUUGAUGUAAGCAGCAUUUUUUUUGUAAAUAUUGUGAAACAUUACAGGUCAUGCAGUGAUGUAACAUUUUGAACAAUGUUGCACAAGAUGUUUAAGAUAUUAAAAACAUGGUCACUCUUACUUGAAUAA